AUGUCCGCAGAGAAACACGACGCCACAUCGUCGGAAGACGAAACCGAACUCGAACUUGCGCCCAUCAAGUCGCCAGUGUCACCGGCUCCCAAAUCGCUGCGGUCCCCGCGAUCCUCGCUUCUGCCCGUGGUCAACUCCAACCCCAAUGAACGCACACAGACACAGACGCCGCCUCUGAUCCAAGGCCCGGGCUUCAACCCGGCGACACAAGCGACUGUGGUGCAGUCCAGCACGCCCACCGCACGCACACGGGCGCUUUCGUCCUUCUCGCAGUCGUCGGACGAAAGCUCAGGCCUUGCACCGCCCAGUACCGGCCGAAAACGUAUCAGCAUGAGCUUCACUCUUCCUGUGGCCCCGUCGCCUGACGUUAUCGGCCCCGGAGACUCGCCGCCUACUCGUCCCCAACAUCUGGACACGUACACAGGAGCCAAUCACUCGCCUACGCCAUCAGGCUCGGGUCUUCGGACCUUAUCUGCAUCCCGAACGACAUCGACAAAGUCACCACCUCCCCAGCAGCCACAGGUGACCCAGGUGGCUGUAGCAGAAGACCGCCCGGAACGGGGACGAUCCCGAAACGCCGGAUCAGGAGGACCCGGAUCGGAGGUCAUGGAGUACCUGUCCCAGCUGGCCACCAAGGAGUCGCGUGUCUCCAAGCUGAGAGAAAAGCUGCUGGAGGUCAAGAGAGAGUUGGAGAGCGCCGAGGCUGAUCUCAAGCAGUUCAAGACCAAGGACGUACUCAUGCUGCAUAUGCCACACCGAGAAGGACAACAACCCCAGGGAACGCAGGAGUCGUCGCUGUUGGACUCCAUCCAGACAAAGCUCAUGUCUCUGGCCGUGGAAGAGGAGCAAGAAGAGGAGGAGUCCAAGACCAAGAAAGAUGUGAAAGAGGACAGUGGUACUGUCACAGGCACCCAGAAACAACAGCACUCACGACGGGACUCAAACGGGACUCUCAAGGCUCACAGAACGUUCAAGGCGGACACCAACAACCACGACAGUGAGAUUGAGACCAUGAAACGUGACAAACGUGCUUCGCACCAGGAUCAACGACCCGCUCUCAGCCAUUCUUCUUCCUCGUCAGUCUCUUCUACCCAAUCCUCUGGAACCCAUGUCCCCAUGGAACGACGAAGAGCGUCGAUUUCGGCUCCUGGACUUCCCCCUCGAGAUGACGUCAUGAGCAUGGGCAAGAGGGUCAUUGGAGAGAUUGGCAGCCAGUUCUACGGGCUGGUGGCCGACAUUCGAAGUGCCACCUUUGGGGACGAUCUGGCCUACCAGAACCCAUCGCUCAACUAUGGUGGCAACAACAAUAUGCACCAUACUGGUGGUGGUCAGGUGGUGAAUGCGCGACGAGUGAGUGGUGCGCAGCUCCGUGGAGAGGCCAGUUCCAGUCCCAGCAGUCGUCGACGAAAUGGGCGAGAUGUUGUCGAUAGCUAUUCUUACAUUUGA